AUGUCUUACGAUCACCGGAGCGCACUGUUGGCAAGCUUCAGGAAACCCAGGCCGACAGAAUCCGAGGAGGACCCCGGACAACUUUUGGAGUUUCCAUCGGUAAAUGGCGCAAAGGAGGAAAAGGGACUCAAAAAUGGUUAUCAGCUUGGACGCCCGGCGCUACUUAAGAAAGGCGGGAAAUAUAGAGUUUCGUACAAAGGACUCAAACAGCAGAAAAGGAUUCCAUUUCUGAAAGAUAUUUUCCAGACAUUGAUAGAUAUAAAAUGGCGGUACGCCAUGUUGAUUUUUUGUGCAACAUUCCUAUUAGUGUACUUUGUGUUUGCUAUACUUUGGUACAUUUUGGGCUAUGCCCAUGACGAUUUCAACCCUGUCAACUUGAACAACCCAGAUUGGCGACCUUGUGUGGAGAACAUGAAGACGUUCGCCGACUCAUUCAUGUACUCGGUAGAGACCCAGACCACCAUUGGAUACGGCGCUCUGUAUCCUAAUACACAAUGCGGCGGUACUUUAUUUCUAGUCUAUCUACAGGUGACAGUAGGAUUCCUUAUAGAGACGCUACUUGUCGGAUUCAUCCUCGUCAAGGUUGCCAGGCCAAAACAUCGUCGACUCACCCUUCUGUUCAGCGACAGCUUGUGUAUCUGUAUAGAAGACGGUGAACUUUGUCUUCAGGUUCGGGUAGGAGACAUGCGUAAGUCCCAUUUAGUCGACACCAAAUCUAGUGGUAUCUUCAUCAGCGAAAAGGUUUCCAAAGAAGGCACUGUAUACCCCCUGUAUCAAACUGCUAUGGAGUUCGAAGCACACGGAAUGGAUAGCCGUGUAUUCAUGAUGUGGCCUUUAGUUCUGAAACACAGAAUCAACGACAAAAGUCCUCUAUGGAACAUGGAAUUUGAUGAAAUCCUUUCCAACACAUUCGAAAUUAUUGUAAUAAUAGAAGGGACUAUUGAAUCAACAGGAGAAAUCUGCCAGGCAAGAACAUCGUAUUCUUCAAAAGACAUCCAGUGGGGGUCCCGGUUUGCUAAUAUAGUAGACUUUGACAUACAAUCUGGGCUUUGGGAAGCUAAUUUCAAGCAGUUCAACGAAACGGUUCCUACUCCAACUCCCAAGUGUAGCGGACGAGAUGUUACAAAUAUCUACAACGGAACUGGAAAUUUAGACAGCACAGAAGGAGCUACAGCACGGUCAAGUUUUCGAAGAACCCAAAGUCAUGCGGGGCCCUUGAAUUACAUGCUCGGGAAGGCAAGUCGCGUCCCGGAAGACGCGCAGGAAAUGGGGAGAGGCACAUUGACAUUUAAGGAGGAACCUUACAACAGUAAAAAGUGGAGACUGUCGAUGCCAGCUUUCUGA